AAAGUUAUCUCCCUUGUUAACUCUCUCUUUAUUCAUUUAAAUAUUUUCAAAUGUGAUUAUUGUUUAACCUUUAUUUUCCUUUAUUUGUCCCCUUCUGAGACCAGACGGAAAUAAAUUUUAAUCGAAAAUCUUCCAAAAUGCAAAGAACCAAAAAAGCUUCUCGUUUAAAUAAGAAGAGAGAAGAAGAACUCCUUGAUAUUUCAGACAUUUCCUGUCCAGAUUUGGACGUUUCUGAUCCAACAACGAAGAAAAGUGAUCAAAAGAGAAAGAAACGGCAGAAAUUCUCCCAUGCUGAAGACAUCAAAAUGCUGAAAUAUAUCAUGACAGAAAACAGAUAUGAUGAGAUUAAAGGCAUUGCCCUCUGGAGAAGAAUGGAAUUAUUAGAGGUCACUAGUCAUACAUCACAGUCGAUGAAGUACCAUUUUCUUAAAACAGUCAUCCCAAACUUAAAGAAAUAUAACGUAGAGAAAGGUUGGAUUGACAUUCUCUCCAACACCUACCCUGAUCUAGUUCCAUCUCCAUGCAAAGAGAGUUCCGAUAACAUUUUGGACAGCCCAGAGCAAAAGAAGUAUGGUCUACGGAGAUCAUCUCCUAAAAAAGCUGCAAAUAAAGCUCUCAGUGGAUUGACGGAUCUUCAGAGUAAAAAGAAUUCAUUGCAACAGGAACAAGAAGAAGAAGAAGAAGAAGAGAUUGCUGAAAGUAACAAAACUGAAGCAGAUGACUCUGAAGAUGAGCUGAAUGAUGAUGAAGAACUGUCAUCAAAACAGAAGCAACGAAAGCAUAAAAUCCAGCGAAAUGUCAAAGCCCAAAGGAAGUUCAGCACCUCAGAAUCAGAGAUUGAAGAUGCCAGUAUUGCUACAUCAACCAAAGAGACUGACCACUGUGUGCCAAAUCAGCAAAACUCCCUUACUGAAGAACUAUCAGAUACUUCGGACUAUGACAGGAACUUGAUCGACAUGGCUAAGAAGACUGUUAGCAAAAGAAGCCCAUCCCAGGAGAGGCUCUCAGAAAGUUCCAGUUCUUCAGAAGAGGCAGAACAAGUCCAACGGGACCGCAGAUCUCGUCUCUUGAGAAAGCGGAAACGGCAGAAACAGGCUCGACAGUCAAGUGAGUAUUUUGCAUCAGACAUCUCAGAAAUCACCAUGGUCAUCAACAACACCAUCGUCAUUAUAAUUAUCAUCAUCAUCAUCAUCUUUAUAACCAUUGUUACCAACGUUUUACUAACACCAUCAGCAGCAGCAACAGCAGCAGAAUCAACAUGCUACACAGUUUAAUUAAUCCUUGUUGGCCGGUAGCCACAUCAAUGGGACUAUAGGAGGGGAGCUUUCUUACUCACUGUGCUAUGAACAUUUGCUAUUCAUCCCUCUGCCCUGCAUUGUUGUUUGUGUGGAAAUGAGAGUUGCAAGCCUGGUCAAGUGGUAAUGGAAUUUGACUACCAAUACAUAGGUCUUGAUUUCAAACCCCUUACUGAUAUUUCAUUGCUUACUUGAACUGAACACUUCAUUUUGCAACAUUGCUUCUGUUUCCCGGUGUAUCAAAAAAAAAAUAAUUAAAAUUAAAAAUUAAAUCAAAGAAGUCAAUCACUGAGAGACACCAUCUGCAUGAAAAACAAUAGUUAAGUUACUACAUUUGUUAAUAUAGUAAGCCUUAACAAUAAAAAAUUUAAUUAAAAAUAAUAAUUACUUGAUGAAAAAAAGAUAGAAUUAGCUCAUUGAGUAUUAUUAGUGAUUAAGUAAUACUGCCUUUUCCUUAUUGCAUAAUUAUUCUUAAUUACAAUUUUUAAAAUUUUUUCUGUAUAAAAAUAUAUUUAAUUUAACUUAGCUGUUGUUUACCUGGGUCUCUGACAAACUUCUGGUAAUAUUUCCAGAAAUAAAGAAACUUUCUGUCCUAUAGGACUUCUGUCUUUCUUUUGGUAAAAGCCAUGAAGAACCAAUAAUUUUUUUUUGUUUUGUUCUAAAUCCAUUUGAUACCAACCUACCUGAGACUGUCCUGGUUCUGUAAUACCAUCUUUUUGUUGUAAAAUAAACUAAAGUAACCCUUUAGCAGUUCAACCGGCCAUAUCAGGCCAAACAAAAUAUUCUACUUGUUUUAUAUUCAAACUGACCAGAUCCAGCCUCUCAGAUCCAGCCUCAUCAAAAUCUCAAAGCUGAGAUAACACAUGAUUAAUUCAAACCAAUGUGAAUAAAUUAGUAUUACAUUUGACAGAGUAAUCUGAAUGUUAAAGGGUUAAAACCCUUUUCCAUCAAAAAAUUAUAUUAAUUUACAUUCCAAAUACU